CUCAGCUGUAGUGCCACCGCACACCAGACUGCCUCUCAAUGCUGCAGGAACAAUGACACGCUGGGAGUUGUUAUUUGUGUCUGUGAAGAACAAAUCUGAGCUUUCUUCAAUGUGAUAAUCAAGUUGGAUGUACAUCACUUUUUGUCCUUUUUUGUGUUUUUUUGUGUCGUUGGAUUUUCGCCUUUUAUAACCAGGAGUCUGACUAAUGUACAGGUCUCCUUAGGAUGUGUGCAGUCAUCUUGUUCAAAUAGAUGCCUGCUGUAUGGGCUGAGUUCUGUGUGAUCAUCAUCUCUGCAGUGCUCUGGAGUGUGCGGGCCUGGCACAGGCAGCUCUUAUCCUGCUUCACUGGCUUCAGCUGAGCCACAGUGUCAGCGGCUGCUGUGACAGAGCAGUCUGCUGUUUGAGAACCUCAGCUCUGGUUCACAGGGAAACUGCCUCCAGCAACAAAGCUUAAUCUGGAUGUUAUGGCAGCUGGUUUGAAUCCUCAGAUUUCGACUUUGCCAAGAUAAGCUGGAUUUCCAUGGUGCGGACAUGUCUGUUGAACCUGGACCCUCUCUGCUGUAGAUUCAAACAGCUCUCUGCUACUUGUCUUCCAGUGUUGGGAUAAAUACUGGACUGUUGCUUUGUGAUUUUCCAAAUGCUCUCUGCUUCCCCAUGGCAUGCUGCUUCAAAUCCCGCCACCAUGGAAGCUGGACGCUUGACACACCUCUUCAAGAUGAUGACGCUGAGCAGCACCACAGCACUAUGGUGGGAGAAGGUGGCAGCACAGGGGACAGCACCCCAAAGCGCAAGGGCAAGUUCUCUACCCUUGGAAAGAUCUUCAAACCGUGGAAGUGGCGGAAGAAGAAAAGCAGCGAGAGAUUCAAGGAAACUUCAGAAGAGCUGGAGAGAAAGAUGUCGACGAGGCGUACACGGCAGGAGCUUAUCGAACAGGGAGUGCUGAAGGAGGUCCCGGACAACGAUGCAGACACACAAACCCCAAAACAGCCCUACAUUAAGAACGGACACACUCUGCCUCUGAGCUCUGGAGUGGGUGGAGGCGGAGGAGGUGUGAUCAAUAUAAGGAGCCCCUGUAACCAGGGCAAACUACCCUUGGAGUCGGACUAUCGGUUGAACCCAGCCUGGCUCAGUCAGGCGGAUGAAGGCAGGGGUCGUUCUCCCUCAGACGGUGAACGUCGGGGUGUUCUGGGCUCCAGAGGAACAGGACUGCAUGAAGACGGGUGGAGAGGGGGAGGGGGAGGGACACGGGCUCAUAUUGAGGGCGAGUGGAAACCUAACAUGGUCUGGCAGGGCCAAAUUCACGGCCAGAUGGAGGACUGCAGACGAGGGGGGAGACUUCACCCCGAGGAUGGCCAGAAGAGACCUGGGCUGCAGAAGGCCCCAUCAGAAGACGGCAGGAAGAGCCGGCCUGCUGAAGCAGACUGGAGGCCAACGCUCCCUCGACAUGCAUCUGCUGAGGAGGGACGAGCCCGCAGAGAGUCAGAGAGCCCUUUCAUCCCUGACCCGGAGGCCCUACGUGACACUCUGCGUGAACCUCUGCCGCCUAAACAGUCCGUCAUGCCUCCAAAAUGGCUGAUGACCUCACCCGCUGAGCCUGGCAGCAAAGGUUCACCUCGCACCCCGUCCAACCACCCAACCACCCAGUACCCCUCUCCUUCCGCCUCCUCCUCCUCCUCCUCCAAACCCGUGCGCUCUGUCUCCUCAGCCGGAGCGUCUACCCAGCAGUCUUCAGCUUUAGCCCCUACAUCCUCCUCUCAGGGCACCAAGCAGCCCCCGCUGCCUCCGCCCAAGCCCGUGAACCGAGGCAACGCUGCCAUGCUGGUCUCCGCCCUGCAGGGGGGAGAGAACGCUCAGCUUCCACUCUACUGGUCCUGCUGGAAGCGAGAAUGCGACUACGAUGUCUACCUGUCCUUACCUGUGUACCUGUGCCGGCGGGCCGGAGGCCUGCGCUCAGGUGACUUCAUACAAGGAGGAGCCAGUCUUGUGCCAGCCAAGCCCUCUCCUCCCAUGCCUCCUAAAAGAACCACCCCGGUCACCAAACGCACGCCAGAGGACUCCUGUGUUUCAAGCCAUUCCAUUAACCCCUCGCCACUUUCUCUGGAAGACCACAGCAGCCUCUCUGUCAGCUUCCAGCUGCCCCCCCCUCCUCCCUCACCUCCCCUUCCAACACAUAUACCACCAUCUCCUCCCCGCCAACACAUACACACCCACCAUCUACACCAUCAGCACUCUUACCCCCACCCCCUCCCUCAGCCCAUUCCCAUGCUGUUUGACCCGCCAAGUCCAACCAAUGAGUCUCCUCAGCGGCCAGCACCUGUCCCGCUGCAUAUCAUGAUCCAGCGAGCCCUGUCCAGCCCCGGCCCAGCUCAGCCACAUCCAGACGGGCUACAGCGAGCUCACACGCUGCUUUUUGAAACGCCUCCUGAGUACCAAGGAGACCGUGGGCGUCCUCUUCCUGUCAGCAUCCAACCCCUGAAACUAUCUGAGGAUGACUACUCAGAGGAAGAAGAAGAAGAAGAAGAUGAUGAGGAAGAGGAAGAAUACGAUGGGGAGAUCCCCCAGCCAGAGCUGGAACCCCGGAGUCGCAGAUGCUUGGUGGGAGACACUGGUGUUUGUGUGGGGGGAAACAGUAGUGAGGAGGAGGAAGAAGAGGAUGAGGAUGAGGAUGAGGAAGGAGGGCAUGACAUGCAUGAUGACAGUGACUCUGAAGGUCCUGUGCUUUAUAAAGAUGACGAUUCAGAUGAAGAUGAAGAGGAUGAGCCGCCUCCAAGUGCUCUGGCCAGCAGGGUCAAAAGAAAGGACACCCUGGCUCUGAAGCUGAGCAGCCGUCCCUCAGCCCCAGACAGGGACAGGUUCAACCAGGACAGAAGCAGCAGGGACGACCAACCUCCAGGCCAGACUGGCCUCACCUGGCAGAGCAGGGAGCAGUGGGAGGCCAUCCGCACACAAAUCGGCACCGCGCUCACAAGGCGACUUAGCCAGAGACCUACUGCUGAGGAGCUGGAGCAAAGAAACAUCCUUCAGCCCAAAAACCAGGCUGACAGACAGGCUGAGGUCAGAGAGAUUAAGCGGCGGCUGACCCGGAAGCUGAGUCAAAGACCCACGGUGGCAGAACUACAGGCAAGGAAAAUCCUGCGUUUCCACGAGUAUGUGGAAGUCACAGAUGCUCAAGACUACGAUCGCAGAGCAGACAAGCCGUGGACUAAGCUGACUCCUGCUGACAAGGCGGCUAUCAGGAAGGAGCUCAACGACUAUAAGAGCACUGAAAUGGAGGUCCAUGAAGAGAGCAGAAUCUACACAAGGUUUCAUCGGCCUUAGCCCCCCCUCCUUGGAUAAUGAAGCACUUAACUCUGUGAGGCAAACAGCUGCUCUCUAUGCAGAUAGACAUUUUUAUGUUUCCAGAAUGUAAUGUACAGAUUAUCAGGGAAAGCCUACAACUGACUGAAAACAAGAACACUUCUUGCUUGCCCUCCAUCGCCCUCCCACUACAUCGCUUACACUAUACUGAGGAGGAGGUGGGUGAGGAGCAGAUGCAGUAUUUCUCCCUGGCGACAGGGGGAACCACGUGCCAAUGAAGAGGAGGAGAUGCAGAGGACCUACAGGGCUUACUCUCAGUCUGCUGUUGUGUGGUACCCCUCAGGGACUCUGAGCUAGUUACAACCUUUAAUGCGGCCUCAUUCUGUGUUGCCUUUUUUCCUCUUUACUGUAAAUGCAGAAGCUCAUUCAUCUUGUUCAUGUAAUGACAUACAAUAGUAAUAAUGAUAACUUAUAAUACUCCACACAGUAAUAAUAGAUAAGAGACAAAUGCUGAGGGCAGGUUGGAGGAUGAAGACUGGGAUACUCUGCUAUAGGACUGGACAUCUCUGGGAUAUUGUGUAUGUUUUAUAUAAAUUGUGUACAGACUCCUGUUGUUAUACUUUAGGAUGAUACUUGGAAAGGUCUAAUUACAAAAUAUUCUGUAAUGCACAAGAUAUUUUAUAUUGUAAUUUUGAUCACGAGUAGUGGCGGGUUUUAUUUGAGCUUUUUUAUGAUUUGGCUUGCCUGUAUUUAUGGUUGUGAUGUGAGGUGGCCAUUUAAGCGUGAGUUAAGAAAUAGGAAAGUGUGAAGGUCAGGAGGCUUUUUCUGUGUCUUUUAUUCUUUAUGUGCCAACAAACGCGAUGCCUAAAGGACUAAAGGAUACUGGUUUUCUUACCACUAAUUUCUGCAAUCCACCACAUGAGCCAACACAGACUCCAUCUGGAUACUCUCUUCAUUUAUACUUUUUUAUGAGUUUUUGUACUUCCCUUUAAAGAUCGAACAUGCAAUGUAUUCUGUAGCCAUUUUGAAUAGGAUCAAGCUAGCUAGUUGAACGUAAGUUGAUGUGAGUUUAGAUCAGGGAAUUAUCAAAAAAAGAAAAAAAAAUCAGAAUAUGUGUAAACGGUCAACAGGGAGUCAUUCUGGCUGGAUCCUUUUGAAAUUACAGAAGUGUUUUUAUCAUCUCUUGUCUGGCCAGUAGCUUACAGGGUUCUCCAUGCUGUGUACAGGUUAAUAUAGGUUUAACCGAUGCUUGUGUAUAUUUUGUCUUCCUUUCAUUUCAAAAGAAAAUUUUAAAUAUAAAACUAUUAUAGGUUGCUAUUUUUUUAAGCACAAAACAUCAGUUGAUGAUUAAAUGCUACAAGAAUGGGAAUAUGAAAGUGUAACUUUUCUGUAAAACUAAGUUCAUUUUUAAUUGAAUGUGGAAUUGUAUGGACUGACUUUUCUUUUUAUUUGUAAAUAGUCACAUCUGGAUCUAAUUAAACUAAUUACAAUUCCUUGA